AUCUCUUUCUUUUCUCCAUUAAUUCCAUUUAAACUCCGAGGAGAUCGAGAGAGCGCCGUUGCAGACACGAAUCUUCAUCCUUUGAUUCAAAGCUUCAGCCGGUACACAUGGCAGCGGCGAUGAAGAAGCUGGUGGCAGUUUUCACGGCGGCAUUUCUUGCGACCACGGUUGCCGGAGCUCAGACGCACCAUGUUGUCGGCGGAGACCGGGGAUGGGACGUCGAUUCCAACAUCGGUUCUUGGUCGGCCGGAAGGAAAUUCAGAGUUGGAGACAAAAUAUGGUUCGCAUACUCGAUGGCACAGGGUAAGAUAGUGGAGCUGCAAAGCAAGAAGGAAUACGAAGCGUGCGAUGUAAGCAACUUCAUUAAGAUGUACACCGACGGCAUAGAUAUCGUGCCGUUAAACGGAGAGGGAAUCCGCUACUUCGCGAGUAGCAAACCAGAAAGCUGCAAAAAGGGCCUGAAACUGCACGUACAAGUGGAAGCCCAAGCCCAAGCCCAAGACCAAAACCAAGCCCAACACAAGGCCCAAAUGAAAACGACAGGAGUUGAAACAACGAACGACGUGUCGGACGGCGAUUCAGCGGCCGCACCGCCCACUCCUUCCGCCUCUUCUCCGCCCUUAACUGCCAUGUCUUAUCUCACUCUCACCUUUUUGCCCUUCACCCUUUACUUAUCUUAUUGGAUCAUAUGAAACAUUUUUUUUUUCCUUUCUAAUGUGGUCUUAUAUAAUGAAGUUAAUUAGAUUAAGAUUAAGUA